CCUCCUCCUCCUCAUCGCCAUACCGUGCCCGUUCCGGAAGUUGACCGGAGUCGUCGCAGAUCCUGCAUUGCCAUCAAUGGCGGUGUGUGCCUCCUACGAGCAUGUCGCUCCAGGUGCCACGCGACUCUGGCAGAGUUUGGCUGCGAUGUCGGGCUUCACCUUGCGAUCCGGCGCCUUGAUCAUCGCCGCUAAGUCAGUGCCUUGGUCGAGGAAGGCGAGGUGAAGGCUACCUUACCCAGGUAGUACAGGUCCCUGGUAGGUAGGCAGUUCCCGCCUAGGCAAGCACACGCACAAGCAACAACGAACGACCAUCUCCGACUUCUGCAAAGUUGCGAGGUCCGAUUUACAGGUACAUUAAGCAUCGAGCACCAUAUUACUUGCUACCAUGCCGAACCGCGACCCAGACUUGCACAACUCGAUUACUCUCCGUCCGUCGCCGUUUCAUAUCCACCCACAGCGAGUUCACAGUCAUGCGCCAGAGUCGAGUAGCCAUGCCCAUCACUCCCAUCAUGACCGUCCGGGCGCCAGCUCUGCGAUACAGCCGCAAGAGUCCAAGCCGAUGGAGGCAGUAGCCCGACCGGCGUAUGCGCGCAAUAGCAGCGACAGUGAACGAGACGAUGUCGAGCGCCAGAACAGUCUCCCCGAAUAUCACGCGGAACACGAUCCGUUCAAGCUGCGCGAUGGCUUGAAGAAUCUCGACGACGAGAAGGCGGCGCGAAAGGCUAAUACCAGUGCCAAACGUGUCUGCCAUCCCGUGGGCAAGAGCAAGGACAAGUGGAAGUCACACAAGAUUCUCAAGUUCUACGAAAAUCAAAAUGACAACAUUGAACGCUUGCUCAAACCUGUCGAUGAUCACGUACGGGAAGCGAAAGAGGAGCAAGGCGAUGAGGCACUGCAGUACAAGAUUGCUGUGAAUGGCAGCUUUGCUGCGAAUAUCCUGCUGGCCAUCCUCCAGAUCUACGGUGCUGUCUCUUCUGGCAGUUUGUCGCUCUUCACGACCAUGGCGGACAGCAUCUUCGAUCCGGCCAGCAAUCUGACUCUUAUCCUGUGCCAUCGUGCCGUCAACAAGGUCGAUCCGCGAAAAUUCCCAUCGGGCAAAGCGCGACUAGAAACUGCUGGCAACAUCACUUUCUGUUUCCUGAUGACUGCCGUCUCGCUCAUCCUCAUCGUCGAGUCCAUCAGGCAGCUCGUAGAAAAGUCCGACGACGCGAAAUUCCACUACCCAUCUGUGAUCGCAGUCGGUAUUGCCUUCGUCACGAAACUGGGGCUUUUCGCUUACUGCUGGGCGCUGAGGAACAAGUACAGUCAAAUCCGCAUCUUAUGGGAAGAUCACCGCAAUGAUCUCUUCAUCAACGGAUUCGGACUCAUGACCAGCGUACUUGGGAGUAAGGUCGCAUGGUUUAUUGAUCCCAUGGGUGCCAUUAUUCUCUCGGUCCUCAUUUCAUUUCUCUGGCUCAGGACUGCUUAUCAGGAAUUUCAGCUCCUCAUUGGCGUAUCCGCGGACACUUCAUUCCUGCAGCACGUCACCUACAUCUCUAUGACACAUGAUCCUCGAAUUCGUCAACUCGAUACCGUGCGAUCCUGGCACUCUGGUCCGCGGCUGAUGGUCGAAGUAGAUAUUGUCAUGGAUGAAAAUCUUAGUUUGAAAGAGACGCAUGAUGUUGCAGAGGCAUUACAGACCAAGUUGGAAAGUCUGCCAGACGUAGAGAGGGUGUGGGUACACGUGGAUUACGAGACGCAGCACUCUCCCGAGCAUUUCUUGAAGAAGGAGUUGUGAGCAGUUUGGUUUCUUGGAGCCUUUCAAACAACAUUGGGUGCGCCAGGAGUAGGAUCUGUCCUUUUUGGCCAAACCUGCAAUACGAGUUUGACAGCGAAUUGCGUAGCAAGCAAGAACGCCAAUACAUGGACCUGAUCGAUGGGCGGCGAAGGAACCUUAGCCGGGAUAGAGCAUUACGGCAGCAAAGAACUGAUGAAUAUUACGAACCAGGCAGGCAUAAUGAAUGCAUCGAUAUUGAGCUCC